AUGCCUGACGACCUUGAGUCGCGCUUGAAAAGCCAUGCCCGGGCCUUCGAAGGAUUGAUGUCGCUGAUCCCAGCCAAGGAGUACUACGGAAAGGACGAGAGUAUUACAAGUACACAAUGGCAAAAGAAGAAGAAGCAGACCACCGAGGAGCGCCAGGCCGCCAAGCGAGCGAAGCUGGAUCCCGCAUCACAUAAGACUGCCCAGGAUGUACUGGACGAGAACGCACGCAAGCGCAAGCGCGAAUUGGAAGGUGAAGCUGAGGACGAUGCCGUGUCUGAGGCGCCUUCUUCAGAUCUUGAUAUGGACAUUGUAAAGGAGACGCCACUUGAGGGGAUAAAGAAAGCCAAGAAGCAGAAGACGAAGAAGGAUGCUGAGGCGGAGCCUGCAGAGGUCGUCAGAGAAGGCCGGACAUUGACAAAGGCUGAGAUCAAGGCUGAAAAGAAGAAGGAGAAGAAGAAGGAGAAGCAAACACAAAAGAAGAACAAGGAGGAGGCGAGGAAGGCGUCGCAGGCCGAGUUCAAGGAAGGUCUCACUGCACCGAAGGAGACCAAGAAGCCUAAAGAGGUUGAUGUCGACGAAGAGGAAGACGACGAGUCUGAUGGUCUUGAGGACUCAGAGGACCGUGUUGAGGCUCUGGAUGUCAGUGGCCUUGUCGAUGCCGAAGAGGGUCAGUCCACCGCUCCCACCAGUACUGCAAAUUCCAAUACCUCUACAGCAGCGUCCGACGCCUCAUCUUCGACCUCCCCAGAAGAAGCACCUUCAAAGAACGCAAAGAAAGAGAAGAAGCCCCUACAGAUCGAUGAGAAGAGCCAGGAGGAAUUCAGAACACGACUGAACGCCAAACUCGAGGCAAUGCGGGCUGCGCGCAAGGCCGACGGCCCUGAUGGACGACCUGCAAAGAACCGAGCCGAGCUCAUUGAAGCCCGACGAAAGAAGGAAGCCGCUCGCCAGGCGGCAAAGAAGGCUGGUCGCCAGGAAGCCAAGGAGGACGAAGCUCGCCAGAAAGCAGAGGAGCAGCUCGCACGGAUAAGAGGCGGAUCCGGCUCACCCUCGAUCUUCCCCGCACGAUCCCCAGAACACGAGCGCAGCUUCAACUUCGGCAAAGUCGCCUGGGAAGACGGGCAGGAGCUUGAAGGUGGCCUCUCUAAAUUCCUCGAGUCCCGCAAAAAGAAGGGCAAAUCCGACACCAAGACUGCACUCGAAGCCGCCCAGAAGAAGCAGGCUCGCAUCAACAGCUACGACGAGGAGAAGCGCAAAGACAUCCAGGAAAAGGACCUCUGGCUCAACGCGAAGAAGCGCGCGCAGGGCGAGAAGGUCUUUGAUGACGUCAAUCUGCUCAAGAAGAGUCUGAAGCGCCAGCAGAAGCAAAAGGACAAGAGCAAACAGGAGUGGAAAGAGCGCCUUACAAAUGUCACCGAGGGCAAGGAGAAGCGACAGAAGAAGCGUGAGGAGAACCUCAAGGCGAGGAGAGAUAGCAAGGGCGUCAAGGGCAAGAAGAAGGGUGCGCCCAAGAAGGGGGGCAAGAAGCCCGCAAAGCGACCUGGGUUUGAGGGAACAUUCAAGGGGAAAUAG